AUGGCUGCUGAUCAGCUCCACAUACCUGAGAAUCCAUCAAAGAACUUCGACGAAUUCUUCCGGUUUAAGCUUGGACGAGACCCUCCAAGUGAUGCUCGAAAUACUCUUCUGGUGGUGACGACCCUGAUCGCAGCCCUGACCUUUCAAGCAGGAAUAAAUCCUCCAGGUGGGGUCUGGCAAGAAGACAGGUAUUCUCCAGAAAACUGUACUGUUGUUACAGCUGCUAAUAAUUGUACCAUUAUUAGGCAUGCAGGGAAGGCCAUAUUAGCUUCUAGUGAGGCUGCCUACGCCUUGUUCAUCUUUGCCAACACUCUGGCCUUUUCUGCAGCUACCAAUACCAUACUUUUCUUGCUGCUAGACAGCCCUUUUCAAACUGAGAUUAUACUUGCUAUAUAUUCGACGAAUUUCACUUAUGGUUCUUCAAUUGCUGCUGUGCAUCCUCCAGGAGCAGUCAGAUGGGAGUAUAUUUUUAUUGCUUUUCUGCUACCGUAUGUCUUAAGAGUGUUUUCUACUAUUAUUAGGAGGUACAAGUAG